CUACAUUAAAUUAGGCCGAGUGUGUCGCUGUCGGUCUUGAACGAAGCUGGUAUAAAAAAUUCGGGUUUUGAUUGUAAAAGACCAGCGUUGGACAUUGUGUUCGUUUCGUUUCCGAGAAUGGAAGGUGUUGAUUACUUGGCUCCCGAGAGGAACAAAGCUCAAUUCGAUGUCGAAGAGAUGAAAAUCGUCUGGGCUGGUUCCCGCGAAGCUUUUGAAGUUUCUGAUCGAAUGGCUCGCCUUGUUGCCAGCGAUCCGAUAUUCAGAAAGGACAAUAGGCCCAUGCUUGGCAGAAAAGAAUUAUUUAAGAACACUUUGAGGAAAGCAGCUCAUGCAUGGAAAAGGAUAAUUGAGCUUCGCCUCACUGAAGAGGAAGCUUCUAGACUUAGAUUCUAUGUGGAUGAACCUGCAUUUACGGAUCUUCAUUGGGGAAUGUUUAUCCCAGCUAUAAAGGGACAAGGAACCGAGGAGCAGCAACAGAAAUGGUUGCCUUUGGCUUAUAAGAUGCAAAUAAUUGGUUGCUAUGCCCAAACUGAACUUGGUCAUGGAUCCAAUGUUCAAGGGCUCGAAACAACUGCAACCUUUGAUCCUCAAACAGACGAGUUUGUGAUUAAUAGCCCCACACUGACUUCUAGCAAAUGGUGGCCUGGUGGGUUGGGUAAAGUUUCCACACAUGCUGUUGUCUAUGCCCGUCUAAUCACUGAUGGCCAAGACCAAGGAGUGCAUGGUUUCAUUGUCCAGCUGCGGAGUUUGGAUGAUCACUUACCUCUUCCCGGUAUAACUAUUGGUGAUAUUGGAAUGAAAUUUGGAAAUGGGGCGUACAACUCGAUGGAUAAUGGGGUUCUAAGAUUUGAUAAUGUAAGAAUUCCAAGGAAUCAAAUGUUGAUGAGGGUUUUACAGGUUACAAGAGAAGGAAAAUGUGUCCAAUCUAACGUUCCACGGCAAUUAGUUUAUGGUACGAUGGUAUAUGUGAGACAGUCAAUUGUGUCUGAUGCAUCCUGUGCUUUGUCACGAGCAGUUUGUAUUGCUACAAGAUAUAGUGCUGUUCGAAGACAGUUUGGCUCUCAUAAUGGAGGUCUUGAAACACAGGUGAUUGAUUACAAAACUCAGCAAGCUAGGCUCUUCCCGUUGCUAGCUUCUGCAUAUGCUUUCAGAUUCGUUGGUGAAUGGUUGAAAUGGCUAUAUAUGGAUGUGACCCGAAGAUUGCAGGCCAGUGAUUUUUCAACAUUGCCUGAGGCUCAUGCAUGUACUGCAGGAUUGAAGUCCUUGACCACAUCAGCUACUUCAGAUGGGAUUGAAGAAUGCCGAAAACUAUGUGGUGGCCAUGGUUACCUUUGUAGCAGUGGCCUUCCUGAGUUAUUUGCAGUAUACGUUCCUACCUGCACUUAUGAAGGAGACAACGUUGUGCUGCUUUUACAGGUAGCAAGGCAUCUCAUGAAGCCUACCUCUCAGCUGGGCUCUGGGAAAAAGCCUGUUGGUACCACUGCUUAUAUGGGUCGAGUGGAACAUCUGAUGCAAUGUCGUUCUGAUGUUCAGAAAGCUGAGGAUUGGUUGAAGCCUAAUGUAGUGCUGGAAGCAUUUGAAGCUAGGGCUGCUAGGAUGUCUGUUGGCUGCGCUCAAGCUCUUAGCAAGUUUACCAAUCCGGAAGAAGGUUUUCAACAACUGGCAGCUGAUUUAGUUGAGGCAGCAGUUGCUCACUGCCAGUUGAUUGUUGUUUCCAAAUUUUUGGAGAAGUUGCAGCAAGAUAUACCUGGGAAGGGAGUGAAACAGCAAUUACAAAUUCUCUGUAGCAUAUAUGCUUUGUUUCUUGUUCACAAGCAUCUGGGCGAUUUUCUCUCCACUGGCUGCAUCACUUCCAAACAGGGUUCACUUGCCAACGAACAGCUGAGGUCCUUGUAUUCCCAGGUUCGCCCUAAUGCAAUUGCACUUGUGGAUGCAUUCAAUUACACCGAUCACUACCUGAGUUCGGCUCUGGGUCGUUAUGACGGAAAUGUGUAUCCGACACUGUACGAGGAGGCGUGGAAGGAUCCUCUGAAUGAUUCAGUCGUGCCAGACGGAUUUCAGGAAUAUGUGCGACCAAUGCUGAAGCAACAACUCCGGAAUGCUAGACUUUAAUGAAGAAAUUUGAAUUGGGAUGUGUUCUGGAGACAACAACGGGCAAAUGCCCUGAUACGUGUCCCAAAAGCUGCCUUGAUAAGAAAGGUGGUAGUAAAUUCACUUUGGAUGAUGGAACAUGCACGUUAUUGUAUUGCGGCGCACAGAAACGCAUAACUUUAUUUGAAUCUGUUUUAUAUGCGAACCUAUCCGCUUUGUCUCCUGCAUUAAAUAUUUUUUAUCAAAAUAUUCCUAAUUAAUUUUAAAUAUAAGAGUUA